AAGCACACCACCGAGUCUCAAUUUUUGCCAAGAGCACCCUCCCCUUCCCGCGAAUCAAAAUCCACCACCACCUCCCCCUCCUCCUCCGGCCGCCGCUCGCCGCCGCCCGCCCGCCCGCACGCCGCCAUGGCCAUCCGCCUCCUCCUGAUCCUCGCCGUAGCCUCCUUCUCCCUCCUCGCUGCCUCCCCCGCCAACGCGGCGCGCCCGUGCCACACUUUCUUCAUCUCCUUCUCGGCCAACCCCAACCCCAACGGCGGCGCCGAGGUGGCCGACCACCGCGCGGCCGCUCUCACGACGGCCACGGUCAUCACCGUUUUCCACGUCCGCCGCCUGGGCCCCCACCUCGGCCACGGCCACGGUCACCCCAACCUCCACCACCUCCACUCCAUCCCGGCUAACAUCCAGAUCCGUCGCCCUGAGCUCCCCUCCCCCGCGGCCCGAGCCGCGGAUAGCAUCCAGGAGCGCGCCAAGGAUAUCCUCGUGGUCGUCGUCGGGAUCCUCUUCGGCGUCGGCUGCGGCGCGCUCACCGCCGCCUCCAUGUACCUCGUAUGGUCCGUCCUCGCCGGCGCCGCCGCGCCCUCCCCCUACGACGAGCUCUACGGAGACGAGGACGAGGAGUCGUCCGACUCCGAGAGCCCCAAGAAGGUCGGCUACGUCAUCAUCCCCGGCGUCGAGUCCCACGAUGGAGGUAAGAACUAGUUCUAGGGUUUGCUCAAAUCCGUCAUGUAGUGGCAACAUUUACCUAUGCGUGGAGUAAUUCGUGCUGUAUCUGUAUCACUCCAUGGUGUGUGUACGGGGAGUAGUGGUGGUGUGCGCUCCAUGUGAAUACUCUUAGCUCUUAAUUCUUGAUGCGUCCUUAAGCUAUGAAUUGUGCCUUGUUUCUGAUAAAAUCAUUGGUUGCAUGCUUGCUGCUCGAUGCUAUGAAAAAUGUUACUGAAAUUAUGAUGUGGUAA